GAUCCGGCCUACGUGCCUGAGUGCAAGGAGGAGUCCGACCCAGGCUCUGAGAAGUUUGAUCAGACGAUCAUGAACGAAGUGGCGGAGGAGCUCAAAGACACGGACAACCCGUGUGGCUUAGUUUUCAGCACUCCAAAAACCAAGAAGAAGAAAACUGGCCUCCCGCCGGACAACUUCUUCGGCAUUCCUGACAUCGAUGGCUAUGGAGAUAAGUUCGAAUCCGACAUCGACAACGAAGGCGAGGGCAUGUCCUACUAUGCAUGGAACCUGGGAGACGUGGACGAGCCGGGCAAAUCUGGCCUCACACCCACGACCGUCAAGGAGUGUGCCGACCGUGAAAUCGCCCGUGAUUUCCAGCUGGCCAAAUGGCAGAACGAGCACCGAAAGGUGGAAUGGUUCAACGAUCUGGCAGAGGAAGUCCAGGACUGGCUCGAGGCGACACCAGAUGUGGACGUUGCAAGUCCUGGCCCCACCAUAAAGGCUGGCAAGAUCCUGUCCGCGGUUGCCAAGGUGGCCCGAAAAAUCAUAAAGGUCAACAACAACCAGCGGCUUAUCGGAAGGAACAGCCGUUUCGUGGCCGCCGACAAUGAGGACUGCAACUCCGUUCAGCACGGCCUGGCGCGGACCUUUUGCGACCUCCACUGUGUUCGGGACGCCGUGAAGAAAGGCGACGCAGCGAUCCUCACGAGCCUGGAAGAGGGCGUUUCGGUUCUACAGCGGGAGAUGCGCAACCUCUUCCAGGCAUACUUCCCAGGCAGCUCUCAGUCGGCCAGCCUUUUGGCAGCCUCGCAGCACGAAGACUUCCAGCAGAUGCGUGCCGGGCUGGCCACGGACGUCCGUGAGAUGCGACAACUCCUCCAGCGGAACCUGCACCCCACGGCAAAGAUCGCCUCUCAGCGUGCUCUCCGGGCGUUCCAAUCCGCUGUCCAGGGAACGAGAGAGGUCGGCCAAGAACUCGGCAACAUUUCCGGGAUGCAGUUCCUCGCCGAAGAAACGGGGCGGCUGAAGGCGACACUCAAGGCAUCUGCGCAGACUCAGACGUCCUACGCGGUCACAGUGGAGCGGAGGACUGCGGCGUUCGUAGUGAGCAUGAACAAGGUCUUGCGUGCAAAGACACGAACAUUGGGAAUCUACCGCACGGCUGCCUCGAAGAGCAGGCUGCGGCAGUCCAUUCUUUCCGAGGGCUUGCAGGACGACCUGCGCGAGCUGUCCUUCGUUGCAACGUUGAGAGCACUGGACGCCUCAUGGUGGGACUUGCGCAAAGAGCUGGACCGGUACUUGGACACCUAUGAAGA